AUGCUUCCAAUGAGGACCUUUCGAGCUGCGCCCUCCACCGAGGCCCUGUCGCGCGUCUUUUGGCACUUAUUCCGUAUCACCAUUUCUUUCUCCCUCUUGUUCGUCGAUAAUACAAUUCUACUGGUGACCGCUGCCCUUUCCCGGUUGCGCUCUGUAGCCAACCGGCGCCUGGCCGCACAGCGCAAUGUGCAAUUCUACCCCAAAACGGUUCUGAUCACCGGCGUCGGUACACCCCACGGCCUCGCCCUGGCACGCACCUGGGACGCGGAGGGCCACCGUGUCGUCGGGGUGGACGUCGCCGACUUGGAUAUCCCGGUUCGGUCGGGCGGAGGCAUGUCGAACAGCCUGCGGGCAUUCUACCGAGUCCCCAAGGAUCAUUACAUCUCCAGGAUCCUCGAUAUCGUUCACCGGGAGAAGGUUGAUGUCUGGAUUCCGUGUUCGCCCAAGGCUACUGCCAUGGAGGACGCCACAGCUAGACAGGUUGUUGAAAGCCGAACCGCGUGCAGAUGCAUCGCCUUCGACACCGAACUCACUGCACGCUUUAUCCGGCCAGACUCGUUCAAGCACUUCCUAGCUGACCGUGAUCUCCCCGUCCUGGAGUGCCAUCAGGUGCAGUCGCGCGACUCGGUCCACAAAAUUUUGAAUCGAUCGCCCAGCAAAUCCUACCAUAUGCGACGGGUCAGCUCGAGUGCCAACGAGGCAGCUGUGAUCCUGCCCAAGCGGACGCUCAGCAGAACCUAUUCGGAAGUCAGUGAGAUUGCCAUCUCCAAAGAGACCCCAUGGGUCCUGCAGCAACAGACUCGGCUGGGAGAAUUUUUCGCAGACCUGCUGCUCGUCCGGGGCCAUGUACAGGCCAUCAAAGUUCGGCUGGUGGAAACCCGAGUUCCUCAUUGGGGUGCCUCGCGCCUGGAUGAAGCUUUGGCUACGGCCGUGCACCGGCUCAUGCAUAGGCUUGCUAUGAAAGGUGGAAACCGGAUGACAGGACACUUAUCGAUCCGGCUCCUGGUAGAUGAGGAGUUUGAUACAUCUUCCGUGCGCCAUACCAUCCACAUCGCUGAUUGUGUUCCCGGCGCCAAAGCCGUGGAGAAUCUGCUCCGUGAUGCUCGCUGCCCUGUCGCCGGCUACCUGGAGGUGCUAUCGCCGCAUCCCGCUGAACCUGCAGCAUGGUGUGUGACUGCGACACUGUCGCCAAACCCCCGCCCCAGGUCGACCUUCCUGGACAGCGAUAUUCUUGUCGCUCUUCUCCCGCGCUUUCUUCCCCUGAAUCUCAUCAAAGCCACCAUUGCUGCCGCCGAAGCGGAAUUGACACCUUUUUUGUUCUGGAAGGAUCCUCGAUUCUCGCCACGUGAUCCUUUUCCUUGGUGGUGGCAUGUCCAUGUGUAUCAGCCGAUGCGCGAGAUCUGGAUGUUGGUGAAGCAGACCCGCACGACCGGAUUGCCUAAUGGCCCGGUGGGUAGUUGA